CUUCCUGUUGGGAGCUGAGAGCGCGCGUAAUUUUGACAGUCAGGUCUGUGUGGUAUGAGUUUGUCUGUUUUCAACCUUGUGUUUAGUGUGUAUAUAGCGAUUCAUAACUUAUUUCAUGCAAAGAAACGACAACAUGCGGACACUGGAAGAGGUGCAAGCCACCGUGGAGAUUGCCAAACUCCAAGAAGAUGAUUUACAGGCAACCAUCCAUUGUUUGACUUUUGGGGAGAACGUUUUAUCAGCCGACUAUUGUUUGAUGGAGUUGGAUGACACGCUAUGCAAGCACAUUGAAGCUGGAGAAAGUCUGGUGAUCCGGGGCGAUAAAGAUGAGAAAGCCGUGCUAUGCACUGGCGACAAAACGUACGACUUGAAGAUGGCCGAUACAUCAAACCUGCUUCUGCUUGUGCCGGAUUGCAAGACUCCUGACCAACUGUCAGGCAGCAAGGACAGCCCUCACCUGGUGCAAACACAGAUCUGGGGGUUCUGCAGCAGUUACUGGGAGUUGAGGAAGCAGCGGCCCAGGAUGAAGAAACUGAAGCAGCUUUUGAUGGAGAAUCCCUAUGAAGGGCCGUCUUUAAGAGGGCAAGAGGACCCAGAAUCCCUGUACACCAUGUUGGAUCUGCUGGAGAGGAUCCAAGCCAGUGAGCAGGAGUUACUGGCCCAACUCGAGACCAUCCACGCAUGUCAGGUGGACGGCUACUGGCGCAUGUUGGACUUUGACUAUGAGAUGAAGCUUCUGGGUCACGUGACCCAACUGGUCGACUCCGAGUCGUGGUCCUUCAGCAAGGUUCCCAUGGAAACGUGUCUGGAGGAACUCUGCUCACUGGAGCCCAGGGAGAUGAUUGAGCAUUGGUUGAACUGCUUUGGAAAGCGAUCCACUGAAAAUGAGAGGGUGUUUUACGCCCUGGACGAGGACAAAGUGUGCCGGGCCACCGCGCUGCUGCUGCUGCAGAACGCCGUCAAGUUCAACCUGCGGGAGUUCCAGGAGGUGUGGCAGCAGAGCGUGCCAGAGGGCAUGGGGACACGGUUGGACCAGCUGAGGGGCUACGCCCUUGUGGACCGUGGCUCCGGCCCAGACACCAUCUGUCUGCUGAGGGUCGAGGACCUCUCGGAGGACACUGUGGAGCGCUUCAACCAACUGUUCACCCUCCGGGAGAAAUGGACCGAGGCGGACAUCACUCCGUACAUCAAGGACCUGUGUGGCGAGAAGCAGACCACUGCAGCUCUGCUCACUAAGUACGCUCGAUCCUCCACGCAGAACGGGGUCAAGGUGUUCAACUCCCGACGGCCCGUCGCCACCUGAACACACGCCUGACUGUUUUUACCUUUUUCGUUUUGUACAAAAAAAAGUUCCUAUAUUGUUUAUAAAAUAUUGCCAAACUCAGCAGUUGUAGUUCAGGAAGUGAAUGACGUCCUUGUGGUGAUGAUGUUCAACACAUCAGGUAUUAAUGCAACUUUUCAUGGUAUGGUUUUACCAUACAGCUAAUCUCAGAUCCACCAGUCCUACGUUGCCAUAGCAGAAUCUCUGGGGGCAGAUGGCUCGAGGCCCGGGCCGGGACACUGAAACCGGAGUUGGGCCUUGUUACCUGUCGCAGGGAAGAAAGAUAACCUGAUUUGCGCGGGUGGAUGAGGCUUUGGAAGGGAACUUGAAUAAGGAUAUUUCUACAGUGGUCAGCCAACAUAGAGUUGAUUCUAAACCUUCAGACACUUCUUCCCACUGCACAAGAUCAUCACCUCCACCAACAUGAUCAGUCGAAAGGAAAUGAAAUGCCCAGUUCACCCAUAUUUUAUUAUGUCUGCCACCUGGAUUUAGAUAUUAAUGACUGACUUGGCAUGAGAAUUGUAUUUUAUAUUCGGCCACAAGGGGGUAGUAAAAAAACAAUGUAAUGCUGCUCAGGUGUUCCAAUGUUAGAUUAUAGCUGUUGUUUUGUAUGUAUUGUAAACUAAUUAAGUAAUUGCCUCCCACCUUCGUUUGAAUACAAAAAAUGACAAAAACGCAUUCAAUAUAAAACUGCUUUAUUGUAUGAGAAAUUCAGAACUUUAUAUCAAACAUAAAUAGGGAAAACACACAGUAGGUUUUAUGUUUUACAUAAAAUAAUCCUUAUUUGCAAGUCAUUAUUGUGCACAAUAUCAAAAUCAAACAGACUUGUUUAAAAUCUCAAACAUUCACUACUACAUGCUCACAGAUACACACACAUACAGACAGAAGCAUGCUUUCAAUAUCACAUUACAUAACAUCGUUAUUCUGAACGAAUUUAGAAUUUAUGAAAAUAUAUGCUAUUACAUGGCAGUAAAAAUUCUGUGUUAUUUUUCUCUUUUUUUUCCAAGGAAGGCCGUGAUUUGGGAGCAAUCAAAUAUCUUUCUAUUUAUAUGAUACAAUGAUUGAACCUCGAUAAUAUUUCUUUGUGAAGAAAAUAUAGGGAAAAAUUACAGAAUUCUCUGCCUUUUUAAAAUAUAAGUAAUAAAUAUAAAA